AGAGGCGGAGGAGGAAGGCGGGCCUAGGCCAGGGCCAGGGCCAGGCCAAGCAGAAGCAGAAGGGAAACAAAAUGGCGGGAGCCGGAGGGCGAUUAGGGAGGCUCCUCUCGCACCUCUCCCGCUCCUCCUCACUGAGGGCUGAAGCACUGCGGACCCCAGGGGCCUACUACAGCACAGCAGUAGCCGCAGCAAAAGUUGAAGUGAAUGGCAAUCAUUUGCACUAUCAGCAGACAGGAGAUGGAAACCAUGUUGUCCUGCUACUCCCUGGCAUGUUAGGAAGUGGCCAGACUGAUUUUGGACCACAGCUGAAGACUAUGAACAAACAGCUCUUCACACUAGUAGCUUGGGAUCCAAGGGGAUAUGGAAAGUCUAUCCCCCCAGUUCGAGACUUUCCUCUAGAUUUUUUUGAAAGAGAUGCCAAAGAUGCUGUUGACCUGAUGCAGGCACUGAAGUUCAAGAAGUUCUCUUUGCUGGGGUGGAGUGAUGGUGGGAUAACUGCACUCAUUGCUGCUGCAAAAUAUCCAGAUCUUAUCCACAAAAUGGUGGUUUGGGGAGCCAAUUCCAGUGUUACAGAGGAGGAUGUGAAACUUUACAAUGGUAUCCGAGAUAUUUCAAAAUGGAGUGAAAGAGUUAGAAAGCCAAUGGAAGAAAUGUAUGGACAUGAAUACCUGAGCAAAACCUGUGCAGCCUGGGUGGAUGGGAUUUCCCAGUUCAUACACCAGCCAAAUGGUAGCAUCUGUCAGUCUUUACUGCCUCAUAUUAAGUGCCCAACCUUAAUAAUACAUGGUGAGAAAGAUCCGUUGGUACCACGUGCUCACCCAGAGUAUCUUCACAAGCAUAUCACAGAUUCACAGUUAUAUUUUGUGCCUGAAGGAAAACAUAAUUUGCAUCUACGCUUUGCAGAAGAAUUUAACAGAGUGGUGGAAAAGUUUCUUCUAUAAAAUUGCCAAGUUGGCCUGGGGUUAAGAGGCUAGAUCUCAUGACAACACUGCCUGGCCGGGAGUGCAACCUACACCCCAAGUUUUCUUUCUACAAGUGUUGCUACUUAAUACAUACCAGACAAGCAUUUGUUUCUUCACUGUUAAUCACUGGACUGAUAUCACUUAACUAGUAGCAAUGAGUGGGAGAAAAAGGGAAUGAAAUUUCUUUUUGUUCUUUACUUAUUGUCCCCAAAUUAUAAUAUAACCAUAUUCCAAUAGUUUUUCUAUGUGAAGAAA